UAUUCGAUCGGUCGCGUAGUACGUAACAAUGGACAUAUUUACGCUCAAUCAAGGGGGCUGAUCAUUGAAAUGUCGGCAUUGCUUAUGCUCGACAGACGACGACCUGCUGCGACUAACCACGCGGUCGACACGCGGCUGUCGAAUGAAGAUAAUGCCAGCAUGAUAUUAUUACCGUGUUAAGAGAAUCUCCUACAAACGACAGCCGCAGACGAUCGGCGCACCUUCGACCGUCAGCACCUUUAAUUUCACUCGCCGAUUAUUGUUUUUGUUAUUGGUAUCCUACAUUCGAUCACAAUUAGUUAUAAGCAUCCCGAACGGCGUAUUCGAAAGGAGAAGAAACAAUGUCGUUCUCUGGAAAGAAACAAGUACCGAUCACCAAACAAUCUUCAGUCGUUUCGCCUUCGGAAUCUCCGUCUUCGGCAGGUGCUGUUCGAAAGGACGUAAAACCGGUGAUGACGGGAAUUGUCCCUCCAGCUGCGGUAAAGGAAAAAGACACUCUUAGACCGCAAAAAACUGAGCCGAUUAUUCCGGUGGAAAAGAAAAUCGAACCGGUGAUGAACAAGAGCCCUGAAAAGCUUCAUCAAAGUUUACCUGCGGUUCAUAUCUCCGCCGCAAGUGCCAUUAAAUCUACAACUACGAGCCAGAGCCAACGAAAAUUACAGGAUGAACAUCAGCCCGUGAACGUUGCCGUUCCCAGGCAGCGAGCACCGCGUCCACCGCCUGAUUUGAAUGUGCGCCCUCUUGUAUUAGCUUCUCAUUUGGUUCCUUCACUUCCGGUCGGUCUUUUUGAAUUGCUCGCUGAAGCUCUCGAAGCUAGCACCCAACUUCCAGUAAGUAUCAUUUAUGAGGCACGAAACGACAGACCGGUUGCUAAGGACGUUGCUGAUUUGGCUAUUCUACCCGCAUAUAGCCAGUGGGAAGAUGGCGAUCUUCUACCCGUAACUUUCGUCUUUGAACACAGAUUGAAUGAUGAUAAUUCUGGUAACGUUUACGUCGACGUUAUCGUAACUGCGGAUCGCGCACAGUACGUGAAGGACAUAAUGGAUCUUCGCGGGCAUAAAUGCGCCCUGCCAGACCGCCGUCAGCGAGUAGGAGCGGCAUCACUUCUCCUUGGGGAUCUCCGAUUGAAAGGGGAAAGCCCUGCCUUUUUCGGAAACACUCUGGACUCCGGCUCGCAAAUAGCAGCUCUGCAGAUGGUAGCGGGAAGACAAGCGGAAGUUGGGGUCGUAGAAUCUCCUGUGUUGACUUGCCACCGUCGUAAACUGCCAGGAGUCAGUUCCUUGCUCAUCCUGAGCAGCCUUGGCCCACUUCCGCCGUAUGCAAUCUUUGUGAAGAAGUCAAUGCCAGAUUGUGGUUCGGAACCAGUGUAAGAACGUAAAUAUUCCUCGCGAAAAUCUCGAGCCUACCGCAUUGAGAUGAUGUUACGUCAUUGGUGAGGUAACUUGCACGAGUCACCAGUUGGUUGAUUACGUCAUUCGAGUAGAGGGCAUCCUUGGAGAUAUGAGGGUUUGGUUGAAAUUAUUUGAAAAAUAAUUUUGUGGUCUAAAGUUCGGUUUAUUCUUAUUAUUGGUUAUUUGCAUUUAUCUCUCUGAAUGGUAUUAUGCAUGUUUAUUUUUGGUACAGCUGACCUGAGGGAAAAGAUAACUUCAUAUCUGCUGAACUUGAGGAACGAUGGAGAAUGGCUUGAAAGAUUUUUUCAGUACGGCGUCGUUGGUUUCACAAACAAUUCAAUUGACGCCUACUCAAUCGAUGAUGCAGCCGA